AUGCCAACGAUCACUCCGGAGCUUGCCGGGCAGAUGGUGGACAAGGCAUCCUGGAGCUCCGAAUGUUUCAAAAAAGCCAUCGUCGCGCUCGAGGAUGAAGAGACCAAGAAGAAGGUCGAAGAGAUCAUCACAAAGGCCAAAGAGGCCGAGCCAGAGGAUCAAGUGAAGCGACAGAUGCUGAUGAUGCAGGAGAUUUUGCCUUUGGCCAAGAGCGUCGUCGGUGACAGCUGGAAGGAGUGGGGAGUGACGGAGGAGAACGCCAUGAUGGUUAUGAUGCAGGUUCAGAUGAUGGCUAUGAUGGAUCCAGUUUUGCAGCCGAAAGCUGCCAAGGUCAUGAGCUUCGUGCAAGGUCAAGUAGGCGCCUGA